AUGUCUUUCUCUCCUUCAUUGCAGCUGCAGCAGAAAGGAGGAUCGUUUGCUGCUGCUGCUGCUGCUGCUGCUGCUGCUGCUCCCCUUGUUUCUGCUGCAGCAGCACCAAGCGCCCUCAUCGCGCUGCUGCAUCUAUCCUUAACAACGCUGCCGCAGCAGCAGCAGCAGCAGCAGCAGCAGAAAGCAGCACUAAUGGCAGAGACAGAAGACCAGCAGCAGCAGCAGCAGCACCAGCGGUCUCGGUUGUGCAGCAGCCCGCCUUCUGUAUCUCCAUUGAUGUCUUUCUCUCCUUCAUUGCAGCAGCAGCAGAAAGCAGCACUAAUGGCAGAGACAGAAGACCAGCAGCAGCAGCAGCAGCACCAGCCAGCACUAAUGGCAGAGACAGAAGACCAGCAGCAGCAGCAGCAGCACCAGCAGCAGCAGCAGCAACGGGGAGACGAUGAUACUUGCGAGCCCCACACGCGCCCGCAGCAGCAGCAGCAGCUGCAGCAGCAGCAACAGCAGCAGCAGCAGCAGCACAGCCGGCAGCUCUCACCAGCAGAAGCAGCAGAACUGCAGCAGCACGCGGGCUUGCUGCUGGACGUGCAGCAAUCGUUGCUGCUGCUGAGGAAGCUAGAAGAAACACAGCAGCAGGAGCAGCAGCAGGAGCAGCAGCAGCAGCAGCAGCAGGAGCAGCAGCAGCAGCAGCAGCAGGACGAGCAGCAGCAGCAGCAACAGCAGCAGCAAAAAUGUGAUGAUGAAGAGCUGCGCGUCCAAACGGUGAUGGAGUUUUACGGGUUGCUGCGAGCCAAGUGGCGAGACAGCCCAGACACAGCAGCAGCAGCAGCAGCAGCAGCAGCAGCAAUCGGCCCCCAGCUGCUGCAGGAAGCAGACAAAACCUACAGCUUAUUUUGUGCUGCCCCGCAGCAGCAGCAGCAGCAGCAGCAGCAGCAGCAGAAGCAGCAAGAAGAGAUGCAGCAGGACGAGAAGCAGCAGGAGAAGCAGCAGCCAGAGCAGCAGCAGCAGCAGCAGAAUGAGCAGCAGCAGCAGCAAAGUCCUUCUUCUUUUGAUAAGGCUUCUUCGUUGCCGCUCGCCCCAGAGGCAGCAGCUGCUGCAGCAGAUUGA